AACCUCUCUCUUCUUCAUCCUCUCUUCCUGCCCUUCUCUUUCUUCUUUUUUUUUUCCCUCCUCCAAGUGGGGAUUUUUCUUGAACUUUCUGGGAAUUUGGAAUGCAAAUCUUGGUUGAUACCCUAAUCUGGGUUGUGUUGAUUUUUGUUAAAAAUCUCAUCUUUUUUCAUCUCUGCUGGGCGUUUUCUUCUGAAAAACAACUGACAUGCCUACUCUUGUUAAUUACAGUCACAGAGGUGAUGAUGACUUCCUGGCUGGGAGUUCGUUGUGUUCGUCAGAUUUGGGCCUUUUGUUAUCCCUUGGUCAUGUGGAUGUUUACUGCCCCGCUAGAAAGAGGGCAAGAAUCAGUGGCCCAUUUGUUAUCGAAGACCAAACACAGACAAAGAAACCAUCCAUUGAAAUCCUUCCAGAUGAAUGUUUGUUUGAGAUCCUUCGACGCUUGGGAGGAGGCCGUGAAAGGAGUUCCUCUGCUUGUGUUUCCAAGCGCUGGCUCAUGCUCAUGAGUAGUGUCCGUAGUUCCGAAUCUUUCAGAGGCAAGAAUGAAGUUGCUUCAAAUGAUGUAAAGAUGAGCCCGGCUGACGAAGAUCUUGAAGUAGAAGGUGAUGGGUACCUUUCAAGAUCUGUUGAAGGGAAGAAAGCUACCGAUGUGAGGCUUGCUGCUAUAGCAGUUGGAACUUCAAGCCGAGGGGGACUUGGGAAGCUCUAUGUCCGAGGGAGCAACACGUCUCGCGGAAUCAGUAAUGUCGGUCUAUCAGCAAUUGCGCGUGGCUGCCCUUCCCUUAGGGUCCUAUCCUUGUGGAAUGUUCCUAAUGUUGGUGAUGAAGGUCUUUUAGAGAUUGCAAGGGAAUGUCAUUCGCUGGAGAAGCUGGAUCUAUGCCAGUGUCCUUCCAUUUCCAACAAGGGUCUGGCUGCAAUUGCAGAGAAGUGCCCAAACAUAACUUCUUUGACAAUCGAGUCAUGUUCAAAGAUAGGAAAUGAGGGGCUUCAAGCUAUCGGAAGGUACUGUGCAAAACUGGAGUCUGUUACCAUCAAGGACUGCCGCCUAGUUGGCGACCAGGGUGUUGCAAGUCUACUUUCUUCAUCUGCUUCUGCUGUCUUAACAAAAGUGAAACUCCAUGCCUUAAACAUCACUGAUUUCUCACUUGCUGUUAUUGGACACUACGGCAAAGCAAUCACUUGCCUCAAUCUCAGCUCACUUCAGAAUGUGAGCCAGAAGGGGUUUUGGGUAAUGGGCAAUGCCCGAGGUUUGCCACUGCUGACUUCUUUGGCUAUCUCUUUGUGUAGGGGGGUGACAGAUGUGAGUCUCGAAGCUUUGGGCACGGGUUGCCCAAAUGUAAAACAGAUGAGUCUUCGCAAGUGUUGCUUUGUGUCUGACCAUGGCCUGGCCGCCUUCACUAAAGCCGCUGGCUCCCUAGAGUGCUUGCAGCUAGAAGAGUGCAACAGGAUAACCCAGACCGGUAUCCUCUAUGCCGUUUCAAAUUGCAGAAAGUUAAAAUCCCUUUGCGUAGUGAAGUGUAUGGGAAUCAAGGAUAUACCUACUUCAGAAACUCUUGUUCUUGCCCCGUGCGAAACUCUUAGAUCCUUGACCAUCCGAAACUGCCCUGGUUUUGGUAGCGCCAGUCUGGCCACAGUUGGAAAGCUUUGCCCUCAGCUUCAUUCCUUGGAUCUGAGUGGGCUUUAUGGGAUCACCGACGCUUCCAUUCUCCCUCUUCUAGAAAGCUGCGAGUCUGGGCUUGUCAAGGUGAACCUCACUGACUGCCUCAAUCUGAGUGAUGAAGUUAUCCUAUCCCUGGCUAGGCUGCACUGUAAGACCCUGCAAGUCUUGAACCUUGAUGGGUGCAGGAAGGUUUCUGAUGCAAGCAUGGUGGCUGUUGCUGAGAACUGUGCCAUGCUAAACGAUCUCGACGUUUCAAAAUGUUCAAUAACUGAUUCCGGCGUCUCUGCACUGUCCCACGGCAUCCAAACCAAUCUGCAGAUUCUUUCCUUGUCUGGCUGCACAAUGGUAUCAAGAAAGAGUGUAGCUUCUCUUAGGAAACUAGGAAAGAGCCUACUCGGAUUGAAUCUUCAACACUGCAAUUCCAUUACUGGCAGCGCGAUCGAAUCACUCAUGGAGAGCUUAUGGAGGUGCGACAUCCUCUCAUAACCCACAGAGGACGCGACCCGGAAACAAACAUAAAUCUUGUUGAAUUGGCUCCUAGAUUUACCUAGGCGCACACGUGCAAGUGGUUUUUUGUCCCAUAUGCUCUAUGGGUUCCUCACGUUUCAGCGAUUCGUGUGGCAUACACCUUUUCUCGCCAUAUCCUCUUUUUUUGCAGGCACAGCCAAAACAACAUUGCCUGUUGAAACUCUUUUUCUCCCUCCACAGAAGGGAGCAUGCCUCUUUCUCAGCCAGUCCUGAAACCUAAAGUUUUCACAUGCACCGUGCCGUCCGAAGAUCAAUGGAGUUAUAACCAACAAGAUUCCUCGCCAACACCCUCCAACUGCUUCGCGUUCUCCAGUCCACACCUCGGUACUUCAAAAAUUUACCAUUUUCGCCGCGAGUUGUCACUUCAAUUCAAAUCCAUAUGUGUGUCUGUGUGUCAUUGCCUUUGUGUUUUGCGCAAGAUUUGUCUGUGUGGGAGUCCUUUUAUUUGUGCAUGUUUGUGGUGUGUGUGUGUGUGUGUGUAAUAAUUGAGUUGAAGAUAUUGUUGCAUCGUGCAAGGUGGGAGGCCAUGGAAACUGAUGCUAAGACUGACUCUCUGGCAAUGCCAACUGGUGCCUUUCUGUCUUGGUUUUUUUCUUGUGGACAUUAUUAGUAUUAUGUCCCAUUUCAUCAGGUUCUUGCCCACCUCCCUUCUGUGGGGUGCAGCAAUUCUUCAAUUGAACAAAUAAAAUUAGAUGGUCAAACAUAUGUGUACUUCAUGUUCUUCACUGCGUUUGAAACAAUGUUGUUGAGUUGAAUUUUCCUUGAUCUAAUAAGGCAAUGUGAUGUGU